AUGUUUGAGUGCCACUGGUCUGCAGAUAAAGAUGACAUUGCCAGGCCUGGUGUUCCAAGUGUAACGGGGAGAGUGAUUGCUGAGGAAGAGCAGGUAGUGCUUCCUGGGAAACGAGCAAAGCUUGAAGACCUGUUGCCAUGCCCCACUGAAGCAAAGUGCCAGCAGCAGCUGUGGCCCCUGCUCCUAGGAGCUGUGCCACCCACCCUACACAUGCACACACCCACACCAACCCCAGGGCCCAGGCCUCAGCCUAGGCUGGGGGGGUUGUGCAGGAGUGGGGCAGGCAGUCGGGGCCCAGCUCAUGGUGGACAGAUACCUGGAUGUCAUAACAUACUCCGUGUCCUCAUCUGUAUAUUCUGGGACACAGGCUGGGGAGGGUACCUGAGUAGGUCCCCUCUGACUGAGGAUGGACUUUCUUGCACCGUGGGCUGCCCUGUACCAGUCCCAGGAUGGAUGCAGAAGGGUGAGGCACUGAUCCUGCUCGUUGGGCAGGAUGCUGGCAGGAGGGCGGGGAUGAGCAAGGGCGGGGCUUCCAGAACAAAGGAGAAUGGGGAGCCCUGGGGGCCCAGGCUAGGCAUCAAAAAGCCUCUGCAGAGUGAGCAGGCUAUUGCAGCUGCCUGCCUCUGUGUCCAGCAGUCAGUCAGCCAGCUUGCGCCGGUCCCUUCUGCCUGCCCCAGACGGGCACCAAACAACACUCUGCUUAGAGAGGCCUUGUUCUCCAGCGUGAUUGCGCCGACACUGCUCUGUGGUUUUCUCUACUUGGUGUGGGUUGCUGCUGCAGUUCCAGAGGAGGGCAGAGGGAUGGCUGAGAGUGGAGCCAGGAGCCGGGAGGGCCGUCAGGAGCAUGCCUUCAUCCCGGAGCCCUUUGAUGGAGCCAACGUAGCCCCACACCUCUGGCUGCACCGCUUCGAGGCCAUCAAUGACCUCAACCAUUGGGACCAUGUCACCAAACUAAGGUUCCUGAAAGAGUCCCUCAGGGGAGAUGCCCUGGAGGUCUACAGUGGACUCAGCCCCAAGGACCAGGAAGACUAUGGGGCUGUGAAAGAGACCCUCCUGAAGGCCUUCGGGGGGCCCGAGGCCACCCACAGCCACCUGCCUAAGGAGAUCGUCUUUGCCAACAGCAUGGGUAAGGGCUACUACCUCAAGGGGAAAAUUGGCAAAGUGCCCGUGAGGUUCCUGGUGGACUCGGGGGCCCAGGUCUCUGUGGUCCACCCCAACUUGUGGGAGGAGGUCACAGAUGGUGACUUGGACACUCUGCGGCCCUUUGAGAAUGUGGUAAAAGUGGCCAAUGGGGCUGAAAUGAAGAUCCUGGGCAUUUGGGAUACAGUGGUGUCCCUGGGCAAGCUGAAGCUGAAGGCAGAGUUCCUAGUGGCCAAUGCAAGUGCCGAAGAAGCCAUCAUUGGUACCGAUGUGCUCCAGGACCACAAUGCCGUCCUGGACUUCGAGCAUCGCACGUGCACCCUGAAGGGGAAGAAGUUCCGGCUCCUGCCUGUUGGAGGGUCCCUGGAAGAUGAGUUCGACCUGGAGCUCAUAGAGGAGGAGCCCUCCUCAGGGGAGGGGGGACAGCAGCUCUCCUACUGAGAAGCCCCCUUUUCUUUACCCCCCAAACAUUGGUUGGAAGACCCACCACAAUGGAGGGGAAGGGCAGAUAUCCUCACUGGGGUCACUGGGUUUUGCCAGCCCUCUGGGUUUUGCCUCCUCCUCUUUCUGCAGGGGCCUUAAACUGCCGCUGGUGGGGGAGGCUUCUAUCUGAAAAGGCACAGGUGAGGGAGAACAGGCUGGCCAUCUCAGUGGGAGGGAGAGUCCUCGUGGUGGUCAAGCGGUUAUUGCUGCCAAAGAUUUAAGGCUGGAAGAAGGUUCCAAGAAGGCUAGAAGUGAUUGUCUUGGAGAGAGAACUGGGGCACCCCGUCAGAUCGAUCCCCUGAGUUAUGGCUCAGUCAUCUUGAGGUGCAUGCAGUUUAUUUCAGCUGGGCUGGGUCCUGGCUGCAAGAUCCUCACAGGCAAGACCCAGCGCUUGCGGAUGAGGGUCACAGCUACUCUGGGAUUCUUUCCUGUUGGGUCUUCCCACCUACCUGUAUGAUGUAGUUUCCUUCUGUCAUUGCUUUGAAACCCAUCGAGCCUUAUGCCAAUAAUUCAUUACUUCAAAAACCAAUAAAAAUUGACUCAUGGAAAAACCA